AUGGCAGGAAACACACGGGUUACAAAGAGAUCCCUUAAUGCGUGCACCCGAUGUCGCAGACAAAAGAUCAAAUGCUCGGGAUCACAACCGUGCGACGGCUGCAAUAAACGCAAGCUCCCCUGUAUCUUUGAUGAUCGGGAUCAGAAGAUCCUUCAAAAGCUUGCUAGAUUACAACAUGAAGAUAGCAGGGAGCCUGUCCCUUUUAGCUCCGAAUAUGGCGAGAACAGAUCACCUGGUUCGAAAGAUCACAAUGAUGCACCAAACAUGGGCAGAUCUUCUCUGGAUGAGAAAGAAGACACUCAAUCCAACGAUCUCAAUCAAGAGCUUGAAGAUCCAGCAUCAGGACUGACAAAUCCGCUGUCAACAGGGCCUCCGGCCUUCAUGUCAGCCGAAAAUGGGCGAACAUUUUAUUUGGGAACAUCAUCCAAUUGGUCAUUCACACGUCGGGUGCUGAGUCUAACGCACGAGUUUAUCUACCAGGAGUCCCUUCCCACCGGGGCUUUGGCAUUCGAUGGCGCGACGUAUGAUCUGGGCUGGGAUGGGAUCCGAACGCCUCACAGACCCGAUCUGCCCACUGUGCCCACCUUUGACCAUGCAAUGUAUCUCAUCAAUACUGUAAAGUUCCGCUGCGGGCAACUGUAUCACCUUUUCGACGAAGCAGAAUUCAUGGGUGGCCUGCACGACUUUUAUUCGCGAUCAGAGCCGAAUGAGACAACCAGCUUAUGGUAUAUUCAUUUCCUUCUAAUGCUUGCUUUCGGCAAAGGAUUCGUACAGCAUAAAUUGCAAGGAAAUAAGCCUCCGGGUGUUGAGUUCUUUGUCAAGGCUCUGCAACUAUUACCCGAUAUCAGUGUAUUACAUCAAGAGCCCAUUGAAUCAACGGAGAUUAUGUGCUGUGUCGCACUCUAUCUACAAGCCCUUGAUUGUCGAUCAUCUGCACAUAACUAUAUCGGCUCGGCCAUGCGAAUGGCAAUGGCAGAGGGUAUGCAUACUCAAAUGCCAGUGGAAUAUUUAGGGGAAAAGUUAGUCCAACGUUGCCGCAAGAUCUGGUGGACUGUAUACAUUUUAGAUCGUGAGAUGACUUCCCUGAUGGGCUUGCCGCAGUCUCUCAGUGAUGAUCAUGUGAAUACGCUGCUGCCCGAAUUCCCAGGAUCUGCACAACGGACAGCCGGCAUCAACAUGCACAUCAAGCUCUCUCGAAUUAUCGCAGAAAUCAGUAGCGCUGUAUAUGCCAUUGAUGGUCGACUUAAUCGAAACUUUUUAGUACGCACAAAAUCCUCUUUAGCGAGUAUCGCUCGACUUGCAGAUGAGCUUAAUGAAACCUUCCCUUUACACCUGGAUCGAACAACGAGCGGAGUCUCGAGAACAUCCGCCUGUCUUCACCUCCUAUAUCACCAAUGCAUCGUUCUAGCCACCCGACCAUUACUCUUCUGCUUUUUGAAGAUCCGCUUCGAGUCUCCCGAGCAUUGCCUGGAAGCUCUGAACACCUCUCGAAAUGCGCGCAACUUAAUCCAAAUGUGUCUUGACUCCUCUCAGCAAAUGAUCAACAUUCUUCACAGUCUUCAGUCCGAGGACCUCAUAGAAACAUUCCUUCCCUUCGACCUAGAAUCUGUCUUCGUCUCUACAGUAGUCCUCCUCAUGGCCCCAGCAAUUGACACCCGCUGGUCCUACCCGGAAUGGCUAGAAAAAGCCUACUUAAUCUUCGAAGAGAUAAUCGAAAACGGAAAUCUAAUCGCCAAAUUUAGGAGAUCAGAACUCCAGCUCCUGAAUGAGUUACUGAGCUGCUUUCCCCAGGGCAGCUCACGAUGUUUAUCAGCCAUCUCUUUUCCUACCAGUAUUCUCAAUAACUCUCGCACGAGUAUGCAACUCGCAAAUUCUUUCCCGCCUUCAGUGCACGCCUUGACUCAUGACUUGUUGUCGGAUCCUGGGCCACAAGACGAUGAGUAUAACCUGACGAGCGGUUUGACCGCGGCACAGAUCAUGGCUGUCGCGGAUUCUAUUGAGAGUAUUGAUACGGAGUGGAUGUCCAAUGCGAUGAUUGAGCAUAGUAUAUGGUGA